AUGAAUGAUGAUCCUGAUCAAUCCAAGGAGGCACCAAAUGGUCAUAUUACCUCUUUGAGUGUUAUGAGAACGUAUAGAAGAAUGGGGAUUGCUGAGAAAUUAAUGAGACAAGCUCUUUUCGCAUUAAGAGAAGUUUAUAAAGCUGAAUUUGUUUCUUUACAUGUGAGAAAAUCAAAUAGGGCUGCGUUGCAUUUAUAUAGAGAUACUUUGGAAUUUGAAGUGUUAAGUAUUGAAAGUAGUUACUAUCAAGAUGGUGAAGAUGCUUAUGCCAUGAAGAAGGUUUUAGAUUUGAAAGAAUUACAAAUUUCAAAUUUCUCUCAUCGAUCAUAUAAUGCUAAUGAAAAAGUCGAAGAUGACUUAGAAAGUGACCUAUUAGAAGAUAUUAUCAAGAAGGGGAUUGAUGAUAUUGUCGUAUAG